UAUUCCUAAUAAUCUCUUAUUUUUGUUAUCCAAAAAGAUUCCGAUUUCUUAUAGAAAAAUCCUAAAAAAAAUAUCUCACAAACUACAAAUCCCAUUUUCAUCACGAUAAAUAAUAUCAUCAGUUGUAUUUGUACCUUGAGGUACAACAGUUGGGUUGGAUCCAUGGCCGAUCUAAUCGAAGAGGAUGAUGUAAUGGUUAAUAUCACUCUGCAAAUGAUCGGCCCUUCUCCUCGUUCUCGCCUUACACUCCCUUCUUCAAUCAAAGUUAAAGAGUUGAGAAAAUUGAUUGGAGGGACAAGUCACUUGCCGGUUGAGAAUAUGAAGCUUGUUUUUCGAGGAAACGUGUUGCAUGACACUAUAAAUGGUGAUGACUUAUUUGUCCAACUUCAUGAUGGAGACUCUGUGAUUGUUGCCAUCAAGCCAAAACCACCAGCUAAGCACAUACUUCACAGUUUCGAUGACGAUGAUGAUGGAGAAGAUAUUAAAAUAGAACUUACAGAACCAACGAGCAGGUGGAAAAGGAGGCUUUUCUUUAUAUUACGUGAUAAGCUUAAGCUACCUGAUAUGCUUUUGAUGGCAAUUUUCUCGCUGGGGAUAAAGAUAUGGGCCGCAAUUGUUUUAUGGUUUAUUCUGGCACCUGUUGCCAAUAGAUUUGAUGUCGGCCCUUUAUAUAUAAUUGGAACCGGCUUUCUUAUCAUAUUCUACAACCUUGGGCAUCGGCAACCUGGUGAUGUAAGUGCAUAUUCUGUAUUCAAUGAAGAUUUUAGAGAACUUCCUGGAACUCUCAAUGCGGAUCGACUAGAUAGGGACAUUCGUCUCGGGCAGUUUUGAGUGCAAGAAUUGCCAAUUCUGAAUCGGAAUUGUAACUCACAGAAUUAAUAAUCUGCUUGUGUCAUUGGAUAAGCGACGGCGGUGCAGAUUCACAUGGUGAUUUUCGGUUAACAUGAGAAUUUAUAUAUGAGAUUUUGUAUUGAUUUACGUUGGACAAUAAUUUGUAUGUGUCUAUGUACAUGUUUUGUUGAUGUAUAUAAGUGUUUGGUGCACUGUACACUUUUUGUUGAUGCUUAAACAAAUGUAAGAGUAGUUUUUGCACGCAUAGUGAUUUUUGCACGCAUAGUGGUUU